UCCUCUCUUCCUCAUUCCCUCUCUCCGUCUCUCCCUCCUUCAGAUCUCUCUGUAUCCCUCCUUCUCUGAAGGAGAAGCUCACCGGCAGCUCACCGGUUCACAGCCACAGUACUGACUUGUUGCCCUGGGACCUGGAUACAGCUGGUAAACGAUGAAGAAUACAGCGGGAGGAGAAGGUAUCCUUCUGAACUGCAGCACGUCUGGGAGGCACAACUUCAUCUUCACCCUGAUCCCGGUAGUGUACGGCUGUAACUUUGUCAUCGGCAUGGUGGGGAACAGCAUGGUGGUGGCGGUCAUCUACCGUUACAUGAAGCUGAAGACAGUUUCCAACGUGUUCGUCCUCAACCUAGCCAUCUCAGACCUUACCUUCCUGAUCACCCUGCCCAUGUGGGCCACCUUCACAGCCACAGGCUACCAGUGGCCCUUCGGUGGGUUCCUGUGUAAGGCCAGCGCUGGCCUGGUUAUGUUCAACCUCUACAGCUCCAUCUUCUUCCUCACCGCGCUCAGCAUCGACCGCUACCUGGCCAUCGUCCACCCGGUGAGGUCACGGCAGCGCCGUACUGUGCUCUACGCCCGUAUCACCUGCGUCCUGGUUUGGCUCUUCGCCCUCCUGCUAUCCGUCCCCACGGCCCUGACCAGAGACCUGAUGCACAUCACCAACUACAACAUCACCACGUGUGGCGUACUGCACCCUGAGGGCUCCAGGCACCUCCUCCUCACCAUCAGCCUGAUGAAGAGCAUCCUUGGGUUCCUGUUUCCCUUCUUCAUCAUCAUCACCUGCUACUGCCUGAUUGGUGGAGCCUUGGUCAGGGCGCGGAGCAUCCAGAAAACCACCUGGUCGAGAGAUGAUGAGGUGUUGAGGAUACUGGCGUCGGCUGUCCUAGUUUUCUUCCUGUGUUGGGUGCCCCACCAGGUUUUACACUUCAUGGAUCUGCUGGCCCAGCUGAAGGUUGUAACUAACUGUGUGAUGGUGGACUUCAUCGACACGGCCAUGCCCUUUACCAUCUGCAUCGCCUUCCUCAACAGCUGUGUCAACCCCAUCCUCUACAGCUUUGUGGGGCAGAACUUCAGGAAAAACCUGUUCCGACUGCUCCACUGUUCCCCCUCUGGACCCAAAGGGACACACCCAUACAUCAGCACUAAGAUGUCUAGCUAUUCCUACCACGGUACUGCACCUCACCAACAAAAACAAGCAGGCCAUGGAGGCCAUGUCUAAUGUGAAGAGAGGAGAGAAAGAGGUGAAGUGUGUAGCUGUGUACUAAUUUUAGAACCACAAAUAGAUAAUAUGUGUUUUAAUUCUAGAACUAUACAGAUAUAAUAUGUGUUUUAAUUCUAGAAUGACAAAUAUAUAAUAUGUGUUUUAAUUCUAGAACUAUACAGAUAUAAUAUGUGUUCUAAUUCUAGAAUGACAAAUAGAUAAUGUGUUUUAAUUCUAGAACUAUACAGAUAUAAUAUGUGUUCUAAUUCUAGAAUGACAAAUAUAUAAUAUGUGUUUUAAUUCUAGAACUAUACAGAUAUAAUAUGUGUUCUAAUUCUAGAAUGACAAAUAUAUAAUAUGUGUUUUAAUUCUAGAACUAUACAGAUAUAAUAUGUGUUUUAAUUCUAGAAUGACAAAUAGAUAAUAUGUGUUUUAA